CGAGUGAGACGGUUGUUGUGGUCGUCAGUUUUGAAAUGUCUUUAUAAGAUAAUUGUGGAUGUUGUGUGGCUCUGGUGAAGAAGAGUUGUUGGUUGCAAGUUGAAGCAGCGGUGCAAGUGUUAGCCUUAUCGUCUGGUGAACUCUGGCUGUCAAAACCGUGAUUCGAGAAAGCCGACCACCGGCGAAGAAAGAGAGGUUAGGCGUCCAACUGCCUGCCACCGCCUUCCAACAUAGAAACCAGGUUGGCAGCACUGCGCAAAGUUCAGGCAGCAGCGGUUGGCACCUCCGAAGAUGGCAUCCGGCACCAGAGCCAACAACAAACAAGCAGAAGAAAUCUCGGAAAAGACGCUGCAGAAGAUAAUUGAUAAAGUAUACGAGAAAUAUAAGGCAGUCAUUGACGAACAGCAAGUGACAGUUAAAAACUUAAGUGAUGAGGUGCAGAAAUUGAGGGAGGUUAAUGCCAAGCUGAACGAUGAAAUUGAGAAGUUACAACUGGCUGCUGACAAUGCCACUCGAAGAUUUGAUGAACUCGAACAGUACGGCCGACGCAAUAACCUCCGCAUUUGGGGAAUCAAGGAAUCUGCCGGUGAAGAUGUCGACAAGUUGGUGGUGGACAUGGCAAGGAAAAUCGGUGCCAAUAUUGAUGGGUCAUGUCUUGACAGAGCCCACCGCGUUGGCAGACCGUCGUCUAACAAUAAACCAAGGCCUAUUAUUGUUAAAUUUACUUCCUACGCCCACCGCCGUGAAAUGUGGAAAAACAAGAGGGCCCUCAAGGGCAGCCCGGUGUCCAUCGCAGAAGACCUCACUAGAGCUAGGGCAGCUCUACUGUACAAAGUGAACAACACCUAUCCUAGAAAGACAGUGUGGACCUCUGAUGGGGUAAUCUUGGUGAAAUAUAAUGAUACAGUUCUGAGGAUGGUGACCGAGGAGGACUUGGAUGAGGCGUACAGGAGAUACCCGCCAAUCAGAGACUCAUAAUUAUCCUGUUGCUGCUGUUAAUACAUUGUAUAUCUUUAUCUUGUUAACCUGAUCUCAUAAUGUGUUUUGUUAUUUGUCUGUAUUUAAUCUGCUCGUAUUAUUUACUUGUUGAAACUGGUGACCCUUCUUUAAUCUGUUUUUCUGUUCACAGAUAUUCUAAAUACUUGAUAUACAUUUUAUAG